AGCACGAGACACACGAAAACAGGAAACCGGAAGAGAUUUCCCAGACUGUGGCUGUUUGUCGCAGAUGUAAGGAUGGCGUCAGCAGUGGAGAGGACAGAUGAUCUUGUGCGUGAAUAUUUAAUAUACCGCGGAUUUACAAGCACUCUCAAAUAUCUAGACACCGAAAUCAAAGUGGACAAAGAUAAAGGGUUUCGAGUGGAUAAAAUUAUCGAACAGCUUCUGCAGUUCAUUCAGAACUACGACCUUGUUGGACUGAAAGAAUAUUGGGGCUACCUGGAUCACAGACUCUUCAGCCGUUUAGAGGAUGUUUACAGACCCACUGUUAACAAACUGAGGACAAGCCUGUUUCGUUACUAUCUUGUGUACACUGUUCAGACAAAGAAUGUGGAGAAGACACAAGAGUUUUUCCAGAAACAGGCUCCUGAUCUUCAGGGCCAGGUAGAUUGGCGUGAUUGGUUCAUCCUUCCGUUUAUUUCCUCCCCAGAGCAAAAUCCGAGCUUUUCCCCUUAUUUUUCUCGCCAAUGGGCUGAUACUUUCCUCGUUUCUCUUCACAACUUCCUCAGUGUUCUUUUCCGGUGUAUGCCCCAGCCUGUGCUUCUAAGUUUUGAUGCUGAAGUUCAGAGAAGCACCAGCCUCCAGGAGGAGAAUGAACAACUGCGCCAAAUGUUAUUUGCACUUCAAGGAGAAUCAAGGCCAAAAAAAGCAGAGGAGAUGCUGCAUCACAAACUCCCUGCUUAUGUCCAGCACAUGGACCGACUUGGAGAUACAGAGCUGGACUUGGUGUCGAGUCAGCGUGUUGUAAACCCCACCACUCCUUCAAGGAACUUCUUCUCCUUUUUGCCUCAGGGCAGAAGAGCCCCAGUGCGAACACCUCAGGGAACAUCAAGCUCCUCCCCCACACAGGCGACUCUCGGGAGGAAGGAAACCUCGGCCAGUCAGGCAGCAAAGAUAAAGGACCCCACAGCCUCAAAAGACAUCAAGAUGGUUGCUACUGCUGCUGCAUUAGCAGACACGGGUACAAGGCAAAAGAGGCAGAUGGAUCAUGAGAAGGAAAGGAAAGAACUUUUCUUCAAACAAGCAGCACAGAACUCUGAAAAGAAAUUUGAGAUUUCUGAGGUCGAGGGUCAAACCGAGGGCCAGUGCGAAACAAAUUACUCCCCAACCAAUCAGGCUCAGGCAAGCAGUGAAGGCGGCGGGUCCGGAGCUGAGCAACCGUUUAUCAGACUUAGUCAGGAGGAGUAUGGAGAGCAUCACUCUUCCAUCAUGCACUGCAGAGUCGACAGCUCAGGUAGAAAAGUGGCGAGUCUGGAUGUGGAUGGUGUUGUGAAGGUUUGGUCCUUCAACCCCAUUAUGCAGACGAAAGCUACUAUUAUGUCCAAAUCUCCCCUGCUCUCACUGGAAUGGGCUACAAAACCAGACAGACUGCUGCUGCUGGGUAGUGGGGUUGGCACAGUGAAGCUUUAUGAUACAGAAGCUAAGAAAAAUCUGUAUGAAAUGUCCAUAGAUGAAACUUAUACACGAAUACUAUCACUGGCCUGCAGUCCCAGUGGAACUUCGUUUGUGUGUUCAGCAGCAGCUCCUGUGGCUCGUUCAUGCGGCAUGUCAGAAAUGGCACCACGUCUGACGCAGCCCAUCGCUGGACAACUGCUGCUCUGGGAUACUAAGACUGUCAAACAACAGCUGCAGUUUGCCCUGGAGCCAGGGCCUGUGGCUGUAAACUGCAUUGCGUUCAACCACAACGGAAAUCUUCUGGUAACUGGAGCUGCUGAUGGCAUAAUACGUCUGUUCGACAUGCAGAGGUAUGAAAGUGUUAUGAGUUGGAAAGCUCAUGAUGGUGAAGUGUACAGUGUUGAGUUCAGCUAUGAUGAAAAUACCGUCUUCAGCAUUGGAGAGGAUGGCAAGUUUAUUCAGUGGAAUAUACACCGCUCUGGAGUGAAACAAUCAGAGUACUCGUUAUCUCAGGAUGCUGUGGGACCAUUUGUGCUGUCUGGCUACAGUGGUUAUAAGCAGGUCCAAGUUCCUCGUGGACGACUUUUUGCUUUCGAUUCAGAGGGUCAACAUGUCCUCACCUGCUCCAGUACUGGAGGACUCAUUUAUCGGCUGAAUAAAGGGGACGCAGGUCUGGAGAGUGUCUUGUCUUUGGGAGGACAUAAAGCUCCGGUGGUAACGGUGGACUGGUGUUCAGCUGUGGACUGUGGAACCUGCCUUACAGCAUCGAUGGACGGCAAAAUCAAACUGAGCACGCUCCUUGCACAGAAACCCUAAUCAGAAAAAGAGAUUAUAUUGUUCAUCACUGCAAUUAUCUUCUUAUUGUAGCACCUUUUUAUUUUCUGUCUGCUUCUCGUAGCUUGGUAGGACACUCUUGACUGAUUCUACACUGAUCUAGUCUACUUCUUUUACUUUUAUUACUGUUUAAAUAUGCAGUUCUGAUUACUUGAUUCUAAAUGUAUAUUUCUUAAACGAAACUUCAUCAUAUUUGUAGUAAUAUAACUUAAAUUGUGGUAAAGGUGAUCAUUAGGCCAUAAGGUUGUAGCAUAUGACAUACGUUAUAUUUCCUUCUCACUGGACCAUUCCGGUGUUUCCUGUGGAUGUGGUUAAAGUCAACCUAGGUGAGGUCACUACUUUUAGGGUAAUAAAUGUUUCAUGACAGGUUAAAGAUGAUCAGUUCAUUUGCACUGACUUUUGUAAGGGGCCAAUUAUAUAAACUUACAGCGCUUGACAGACAUACUUGUACAAAGUGACUUACGUUUCCUUUAUUUGUAUGCAACUAAGCUGUUGAGAGUUGAGGGCCUUGCUCAAGGAUAUAAUGAUGACCGUGCUAAGAUUUGAAUUCACCAUAUUCUGAUCAGUAAUCCAAUGAUUAAUCACUGAACGACAUCUGCCAAGUAGACCCACACUAUACUAGCAAACUGCCCCUCUCGCAGUAUGGGGCAAACAUUCAGGUCAUGCCAAGGCCAUGGUAAAGGAUAUCUCUUUCGACCAGGACGCUUUUCAUGUCUGUCUACUCAUGGUUCUGGUUUUUGCACUGCUGGCCUCUCAUACCAUCUUUUGUCAUUGGCUUUUUCACUGCACCAUAAUUCUAUACUGCAUUAUCCCUCUCUGUGUUGUUGUAAACAGAGAGUUCCUGCUUCUUCCGAUGUAAAUAUUACCAGUAUUAACUUACUUAGUUUUCUGAAGAGCAGUUUAUUUCCCCUAACCUAUCAUAUUAAUAAACAAAUAUGCAUU